AUGUUUGGAUUCGGUAAAAAGAGCAACGAGCCCGCGCCGGCGGCCGACGUCGCGGACGCCGAGCACAAUGCUCCCCGCAAGAGCUGGAGAGAAACAAUGAUGCCCGUCUUUGCCUGCGGUUCCGGUCUCUUUUCCGACGGCUACAUCAACAACGUCAUUGGUUCCGUCAACACCAUCCUCACGACCCAGUAUGACACCGUCUACACCAAGUCGCCCGCGUAUAACUCCGUCGCCAGUAUUGCUUUUGCAGGCAUCGUUGUCGGCCAGCUUCUAUUUGGCUUCCUGUCCGACCAUUGGUCGCGCGCCAACUCGCUGACCCUUUCCACCGUCAUCCUCAUCAUCUUCACCGCGCUCGCGGCCGGCUCGUACUGGAAGGGCGACCCUUCAGGAAUGUUUAGUAUGCUGACGGCGUGGCGUUUCUUUGUCGGUGUCGGUAUUGGAGGUGAGUAUCCUGCUGGAAGUGUCGGCGCAGCUGAAUCCACCGGCGAGCUCAAGGCAGGCACGCGCCAUCGCUGGUUUAUCCUCUUUACCAAUACCAUGAUCAACGGCGGCUUCGUCAUGGGCGCCUUUAUACCUUUUGUCAUUGCUUCUGGCACGAACAAUUACGAGGUAAUGUGGCGCUGUGCCCUCGGCGUUGGCGUCAUCUUCCCCCUCAUUCUGCUCUAUCUGCGCAUCAAGCUCGAAGACCCCGACGACUUCAACAAAAACUCGAUGCGCCGCCACACACCCUAUCUUCUCGUUCUCAAGUUCUACGGCUUCCGUCUCUUUUGCGUCUCUCUGAUAUGGUUCCUCUACAACUUCUCCGUUUACGCGUUUGGAAUCUACUCCUCCACCAUCCUUCGCGGCAUCUACGGCGAAGGCGCCCCCCUCUCGCGUGUCUUUGGCUGGAAUACUGUUAUCAACAUGUUUUACCUCCCUGGGUCUAUUUUCGGCGCCUUCGUCUCAGACUGGAUCGGUCCUAAGCAUGCUCUUGCCCUUGGCGUCUUCCUACAGUCCCUUGUCGCCUUCAUCAUGGCCGGCGUCUACGCCCACAUCUCCAAACACGUCGCUGCCUUUGCCGUCGUCUACGGCAUUUUCCUCUCCCUCGGCGAGAUUGGUCCCGGUAACAACAUUGGCCUGCUCGCCGCCAAGACGUGCGCCACGGGCGUUCGCGGUCGCUACUACGGCAUCGCUGCUGCCAUCGGUAAAAUUGGCGCCUUUGUCGGAACUUGGGUUUUCCCCCUCAUCAGCAAAGCCGGCGGCAACGACGUCGAGUCGGCCCAGUACCCGUUCUACGUCGCCGCGAGUUUGUGCGUCCUGUCGGGUAUCAUUACCCUGACGCUGGUGCCCACUGUCGGUCAAGAUACCAUUUCCAAGGAGGAUGACCGUUUCCGUGCGUACCUAGAGAGUCAGGGCUGGGACACGACGCAGCUCGGCAUGGGGAAGGCUGCUUCCAAUGCGCCCGAGGCGGUCGUUGUGGAAAAUGUGGCCGAGAAGCAGUUAACUGGCUGA